AUGGCCAGGAUUAACCUGCUUCUGUGUUUCUAUAGGCGAAAGUCAAGCAAGAAUCCUCCUUCCAUGCCUUUUAUUGCGGAUAAGCCGUCUAGUUGGACAAGUCAGUUUUGGCUCACUCUAGUGUAUGAUUUCAUGGAAAAUGGAAAUUUGAAAAUGUGGUUACAUCCAAAAGAAAAUGGUAGCGAUCAUUCGCGGACUCUGAACCUUUUGCAAAGACUUCAUAUUGCAAUUGAUGUGGCUUCUGCACUAAAUUAUCUUCAUGACCAUGGUGAAGUGCCAAUCAUUCAUUGUGACUUGAAACCAAGUAAUAUUCUUCUUGAUAGUGGCAUGAGAGCUCAUGUUGGUGAUUUUGGAUUAGCAAGAUUUGCUCGAUCAUGGUGCUUCUUCGACGUUGCAUUGGGAUUCUACCCAGAAGUUUCUACUAUUGGGAAAUUGCAAAUUCUUUGA